AUCACGCAUCGAGGCUAACAAAAAUGUCGUCAAAGUCUCCUCCGCCGCCAAUACGACGCUGUCGUCGAGGCAAACAAUCAAGGCUCUGACUUCGAAGUAACCCCUCCCUACCGGGGCAAUUCAAUACGAACAAAGCAAAAACAAGAAUCCCGUUGCGUCAAGAGACCAGACGGAGUCCCUAUCUCGUUCCAGAUGGCCGACUCAGAGCUUGAAGAGAUCAGAAGAGCGCGGCUCGCGCAGUUACAACAACAAGGGGGUGCUGGUGGAGCUGGCGCCCCCAACCCAGAAGAACAGCGAAGACAACAGGAAGCCGAUGCUCGUCAAGCUAUCUUAUCCCAGAUCCUCCUCCCAGAAGCCGCUGACCGUUUAAACCGCAUUCGCAUGGUCAAAGAAACCCGUGCCACCGAUGUCGAAAAUCGGCUGAUCAUGCUCGCACGAACUGGGCAACUCCGAGCAAAGGUUACGGAAGAUCAGCUAAAGGACCUGCUUAAUGCAGUCGCAGAGAAUAAGGAAGAGGAAAAGAUUAUCAUCAGUCGUCGAAAAGGCGGAUGGGAUGACGAUGAUGACUUAUUGGAUUUGUGAUGAUUACCGGACCCUUUUGACACUUUGACGACUGCAUUUGCCACCACGGAUGAUCAUUUGACCCAGCUUGAGUGCUGUCAGCUUCUAAAUAUGCAUACUUGAAUAAUGAACAGAGAGGAAAGGCAAAUUACCCAAUACGCGAGAUUCGAACCAUGCCCUGUAACGCUAUGCUAUAGUACAAAUACCCCGGUCACAAAUACAUAGUCAUGACUUUAUCACUGC